AUGAAGCAAAACCAGGUAACUAUACCUACAUGCAACGGCAGUGAGAGCGAUUUACCGAAGCAAAACCAGGUAACUAUACCUACAUGCAACGGCAGUGAGAGCGAUUUGCCGAAGCAAAACCAGGUAACUAUACCUACAUGCAACGGCAGUGAGAGCGAUUUGCCGAAGCAAAACCAGGUAACUAUACCUACAUGCAACGGCAGUGAGAGCGAUUUGCCGAAGCAAAACCAGGUAACUAUACCUACAUGCAACGGCAGUGAGAGCGAUUUGCCGAAGCAAAACCAGGUACCUAUACCUACAUGCAACGGCAGUGAGAGCGAUUUGCCGAAGCAAAACCAGGUAUCUAUACCUACAUGCAACGGCAGUGAGAGCGAUUUGCCGAAGCAAAACCAGGUAUCUAUACCUACAUGCAACGGCAGUGAGAGCGAUUUGCCGAAGCAAAACCAGGUAACUAUACCUACAUGCAACGGCAGUGAGAGCGAUUUGCCGAAGCAAAACCAGGUACCUAUACCUACAUGCAACGGCAGUGAGAGCGAUUUGCCGAAGCAAAACCAGGUAUCUAUACCUACAUGCAACGGCAGUGAGAGCGAUUUGCCGAAGCAAAACCAGGUAUCUAUACCUACAUGCAACGGCAGUGAGAGCGAUUUGCCGAAGCAAAACCAGGUACCUAUACCUACAUGCAACGGCAGUGAGAGCGAUUUGCCGAAGCAAAACCAGGUAUCUAUACCUACAUGCAACGGCAGUGAGAGCGAUUUGCCGAAGCAAAACCAGGUAACUAUACCUACAUGCAACGGCAGUGAGAGCGAUUUGAUGAAGCAAAACCAGGUACCUAUACCUACAUGCAACGGCAGUGAGUGCGAUUUGAUGAAGCAAAACCAGGUACCUAUACCUACAUGCAACGGCAGUGAGAGCGAUUUGAUGAAGCAAAACCAGGUACCUAUACCUACAUGCAACGGCAGUGAGAGCGAUUUGCCGAAGCAAAACCAGGUAACUAUACCUACAUGCAACGGCAGUGAGAGCGAUUUGCCGAAGCAAAACCAGGUACCUAUACCUACAUGCAACGGCAGUGAGAGCGAUUUGCCGAAGCAAAACCAGGUACCUAUACCUACAUGCAACGGCAGUGAGAGCGAUUUGCCGAAGCAAAACCAGGUACCUAUACCUACAUGCAACGGCAGUGAGAGCGAUUUGCCGAAGCAAAACCAGGUAUCUAUACCUACAUGCAACGGCAGUGAGAGCGAUUUACCGAAGCAAAACCAGGUAACUAUACCUACAUGCAACGGCAGUGAGAGCGAUUUGCCGAAGCAAAACCAGGUACCUAUACCUACAUGCAACGGCAGUGAGAGCGAUUUGCCGAAGCAAAACCAGGUACCUAUACCUACAUGCAACGGCAGUGAGAGCGAUUUGCCGAAGCAAAACCAGGUACCUAUACCUACAUGCAACGGCAGUGAGAGCGAUUUGCCGAAACAAAACCAGGUAUCUAUACCUACAUGCAACGGCAGUGAGAGCGAUUUGCCGAAGCAAAACCAGGUACCUAUACCUACAUGCAACGGCAGUGAGAGCGAUUUACCGAAGCAAAACCAGGUAACUAUACCUACAUGCAACGGCAGUGAGAGCGAUUUACCGAAACAAAAACAGGAACUUAUACCUUCCGUGAAUGACAAAUGCCCAAGCUCGUUUUUAGACGCGGCCUGA